CUAUCAUAGUGGAUCUUCAGUGGUCCUUCAGCUGGGAUUGAACACAUCUUCUGUGUUGCUCAUCCGCAUUAUUUAGCCACCCACGAGUUGCUGCAUGAUAUCCGACUUUGACUUUGUAACUCUCACACAUCACCACCUGAUACUUUCAAGAUCGACUUAUACAAGUUACUACAAGGGAUACCAAAACAUCACCGCAUUCUCUCAUCGUGUUCCUUAAUUCCGCCAUCAUGGUUUCCACCACCGCAAACCCUGACUCGGAACUCUUCUGCACCGUAUCCUCUACUCACAAAGUGCCCGAACGCCACCCCUCGACAUUGAUUCCCGGUGGGCAUGCAUCGCCCUUACGACACCCAACCGUACUCAGGCCCGGCGCUGGCAAGAACCAUGCCCGCAAAUCAAGCUCGGAGACGCCAAAUACACCAGCCCAGCACCACCAGAGGAGUCCUUCCGCAACGCCACAGCCCACAUACAAAGCAUAUUCGCCCCCAGCAACACCACAGGACCCUCGUGCCUCGGUAGUAGCAGGUGAAAUUGAGGACUUCUUCACGGCGCUCGACAUCCAGCCCCUCCAGAUCAAGAAGCAGGACACCAUCUCCAGCCCAUCCACCACCGGCUCCGGAAGAGCAUCACCAGAUAUCCAGCGAUGCGCCUCCCCACCGCUCCCACCGAAGGUCAAGCUCGAGGAGCCACAGCAGCUCUCUCCUCCUGCCGAGCUCUCUUCACUGUCUGAGCCUGAGGCAAACGUGCAAGACGAUGAGUCUGACUCGGACCAGCCUCCUGCAUACGACGAGUCCGAGUGCGUGCAGGCACCACCAGAGAAGCCAACUGCCACAGGGACCCAGGAGUCCGAGUCUCAGGAGUCCGAGUCUGAGGAGGCCGCAAGAAGUCCUACCCUCGCUGGCAGUGCUGCCAUGUCCGCCACGAAGGUCGGUGGCUCGGUUGCGGGUGUCGACACCGACGAGGCCGCGGCCAAGGACACGGUGGAGGAGGCGAAGCCAGACACCGAGGAAAAGACCGAGGAAUCGGAGGCCACGCCAGCACAGCAGCCCCAGCAAGAAAGUCAGCCCGCCAGCCCAGCCGACACAGACUCACCGCCACCCCUGCCCCCUCGCCCAGCAGCAUCCGCCUCCACAAGCCCCCAGCCAGACACAGCCGCCCAGAUGAUGCCGGGCGCCUUCCCCCCACCGCCGAGGCGGAGCCAGUCGCCCAAGGGCCACUCCUCAUCCUCUUCAUACUCGAAGAUGACAUACAUCCCCGGCGCAGCGGCGACUUCCGCCACCGCGGUCGGCGCGGCGGUCGCGAUCCCCUCGUCGGACUUUGCGCACGGCGGGCUCACCCACGCCCGCAAGGCGCUGGGCCAGCGCGUCAGCAACCUCAUCGACAAGGCCAAGGAGCACCACGAGGCGCGGAAGAGUGCUGCGGUGACCCGUGGUCCGGCUCAGGAUGGGAAGAAGGACAGUGUGCUGGUUGUUGCGCCAAUGAUUGGGGCAUGAUUGCUUAGGGGGUCGGCGGUUGAGGGGGGAGAUGGACAGUGAUGACGGCUUUUCUAGCACUAUUUUUCCUUACUAUUUAACAAAAGCGUAGUUUAUUGCAUUAAUAUGAUACCUCUUAAGACA